AGCGAGAGCUUGACGGAACAUGGACGGAACGGAAUGAGACGAAACACGACGAGCGAGACUAGACGAGAUGAGAGAGCGAGGAGAUGAAGGGUGAGGCGAAUGGUGUAGCGUGUGGCCAGUCGGGACGAAGCGGGGAAGGUAGUGAGGCGAACGUUCGCGCGAGAUUGACUACUCAGAUUACUGACUACUACUAGAGUGGCGCAAUGAUAGCCGUUGGUGAUAUUACUCGCUGGUGUCGGUUGUGAAUUUUAACGGAGGCAUUAACCGAGAGUGAAGGGCGUGUUUGUGAAGAUGCAUCAGUGCCGGAGCCAUCGGACUCUUGGCACUCUCGGUCCGGCCUUGGUGACGCUGCCGAGAGUAACAAGCGCGAGAUCAGCGCGAAGGUACAAUCGGGCGGUUUAGCUAUCGAACGUCGAGAGAGAUAUAUAUAUAUAUAUAUAUAUAUAUCAUUCGAUGCGAAAACGAGAGGCUGCUUCGGGAAAUGAAACGGACCGAUUAUCUUUGAAAAUUUCAUGAACUCUCCGUAGCUUUCUGGCUCCUGUAGAUAAGCGCGCUAAGAGUGUGUGCGUGUGUGUGUGUGUGUGUGUGUGUGUGUGUAUAUGUGCGUGCGUGUAUGUGAGUGAUUUCUCGAGCACGGUGAAAUGUUUUCAUCGCCGGCGUCAGUGGUGGGCGAGCCGCCAGGCUACGACUUUCAGAAAGAGGAGAACGCUGCCAAGUGGAAGGGAGUGUUUGUCAACUCCCUGCGUAAGGUACUAGAGCAAGUACAUCCUAGUCUCGAAGCUCGACAAGAUGCGUUAGAUUAUGUGGAGAGUUUAAUUUUAAGAAUGCUAGGCAUGCUUUGUGGACAUCCACCUCCUCAAACUCCCCAAGAUGUAGAGGAAAGAGUAAGACGAACAUUUCCUACUCCCAUUGACAGAUGGGCGCUGCGUGAUGCAAGGGAUGCAUUAGAGAAAGGAAAAAAAAAGUCGCCGUUAGUGCUACCCGUCGACAAGAUUCAUCAGUUACUACAAAAAGAAGUAUUACAGCACAAAAUUGAUUCGCAAGUUAGUUUAUUUGUAGUUGGGGUUUUGGAAUAUAUUUCUGCUGAUAUUUUGAAGCUGGCUGGAAAUUAUGUGAAGAAUAUUCGCCAUGUAGAGAUUUCAUGCGAAGAUAUACGAGUUGCAAUGUAUGCAGAUAUGGUACUGAUGGAUAUGUUUUAUCAAGACGAUUGCUCGGAAGGUCCGCAAAGUAGUUUGAGUGCAGUUGUUUCCCAGACUUAUGAAGAAUCUGUGCGAGAUCUCAUUCAUGAUGAACGGCAUUACAUUCGUGACCUGCAUAUGAUUAUCAAGGUAUUUCGUGAAGAAAUUGCGAAGCUGACACAAGAUAAGAGUGAACUCGAAACACUCUUUAGUAAUAUUACAGAUAUUUAUGAGAUUACUGUGACAUUACUCGGCAGUUUAGAAGAUAUAAUGGAAAUUGCAGAGGAGAAACAAACACCUACAGUUGGUUCAUGCUUUGAAGAAUUAGCAGAAGCAGCAGAAUUCGACGUUUAUAUAAAAUAUGCGAGAGAUAUUAAUAGCCCAGCUAGUCGAGAAGUUUUAACGAAUUUGUUGUCAAGACCGGAAGCUAAUGCGGCUUUGCGGGCAGCAGGUCAUGGUUUUAGGGAAGCUGUUAAAUAUUAUUUGCCAAAACUUUUAUUGCAACCUAUAUGGCAUUGUUUUCUGUAUUUUGAUUAUAUAAAGGUUUUACAUAAGCGCACACCUAGCAUAGAGGAUGGCGAAACUUUGGAACAAGUACAAGGUUUGUUAAGACCUUUACAAAUGGAAUUAAUGCAAUCUGUGGCGAGUCUUCCAAAGAAGGAUACAGGCUUGCCAAUGCAGAGCAGGGCGAGAAGACAAGCGGCAUUAGAAAAGAUUAGCGAAUUACAAAAGACUGUAGAUGGAUGGGAUCAAAGAGAUAUCGGGCAGUGUUGCAAUGAGUUUAUUAGAGAGGAUACAUUAGGAAAAGUGGCUAGUAAUGGACGAAGAUUAACCGAGAGAAAAGCCUUAUUAUUCGAUGGUUUGCUAGUAUUGUGUAAACCAAGCAGUAGUAAAAGAGUUAGUGUUACCGUUGCAGCGGGUAUUGUUGCUGUUGGAGGCGGACAUCCAACACACCAAGGUGAACUCCGAUUAAAAGAAAGAUUUUUCAUUAGGAAAGUCGAUAUUAUUGAUAGAGAAGAUACCGAAGAGUUGAAAAAUGCUUUUGAGAUUGCACCAAGAGACCAUCCUAAUGUUAUUCUUGUUGCCAAAUCUGUCGAGGACAAGAAUAAUUGGAUGGCAGAUUUAGUGAUGUUGAAUACAAAAAGUAUGUUAGAAAGGACUUUGGAUAGCAUUCUUUUGGAUGAAGAAAGGAAGCAUCCAUUAAGAUUACCUCCAGCUCACUUGUAUAAAUUUGCUGAACAAGAUAGCAAGGAGAACAUUGUUCUAGAGGCUAGAGAAAAUGGCGGUGUUCCAUUGAUUAAAGGUGCAACUUUGAUAAAAUUAGUAGAGAGAUUGACUUAUCAUAUAUAUGCUGAUCCAGCUUUUGUAAGAACAUUUCUUACUACUUACAGAAGUUUUUGCUCACCUCAAGAAUUAUUGACAUUGUUGAUAGAAAGAUUUGAUAUACCGGAUCCUUCGCUAGUUUAUGGUGAAGAAGAGAAACCUUCUGUAUGUAAAACAACGGCGAGAGAAGAUUGGAAAAGAUAUAGAAAAGAAUUCUGUCAACCGGUGCAAUUUAGAGUUUUGAACGUUUUAAGACAUUGGGUGGAUCAUCAUUUUUACGAUUUUGAACGUGAUAAGAAUCUUUUGGAAAGAUUGCAAUCGUUUUUAGAUACAGUUAGUGGCAAGUCUAUGCGGAAAUGGGUUGAUUCAGUACUAAAAAUUGUACAAAGAAAAUGCGAACCUUCGGAACAACGACCUAUCACAUUUAGUUUUGAGCGAUCUCCUCCACCGAUUGAAACGCAUCUUAAAAUUCCAGAAAAUAAUGAAGAAUAUGGGAUACUUACGAUACAUCCUAUCGAAUUAGCGAGACAAUUAACACUAUUAGAAUUUGAACUGUACAGAGUAGUAAAACCCUCUGAGUUAGUUGGAUCUGUAUGGACAAAGAAAGAUAAAGAAAAGACGUCACCGAAUUUAAUGAAAAUGAUUAAACAUACAACAAAUUUUACAAGAUGGCUGGAGAAAAUAAUAGUGGAAGCUGAAAAUUUUGAAGAGAGAGUAGCCAUCGUAUCACGCGCAAUUGAAAUAAUGAUGGUGCUACAGGAUCUCAAUAAUUUUAAUGGUGUUUUGGCAAUUGUCAGCGCUAUGGGAUCGGCUUCAGUUUUUAGACUAAAAUUUACGUUUCAACCAUUACCAGCACGAUUAGAAAAGGCUUUAGAAGAAGCGCGAGAACUUAAUAAUGAUCACUUCCGGAAAUAUCAAGAAAAAUUACGAUCUAUCAAUCCACCUUGUGUACCAUUCUUAGGUAUGUACUUGACUAAUAUUCUACAUAUUGAAGAAGGAAACCCAGACUACUUACCGGGAAGUCCGGAGCUUAUUAAUUUUAGUAAACGGCGAAAAGUGGCGGAAAUAACUGGUGAAAUACAACAGUACCAAAAUCAACCCUAUUGUCUUUCAGUGGAAUCUAAAAUAAGACAAUAUAUUGAAAAUAUGUGUCCCUUUGAUCCUAAUAUGUCAGAUGCAAAUAUAGGCACUUAUCUGUAUAAUAAAAGUUUAGAGAUAGAACCAAGGAAAUGUAAAGCACCUACACGAUUCCCACGUAAAUGGCCCGAGAUAAACUUGAAAUCGCCGGGAAUUAAGGCUAGUAGAAGUUUGAGAUUGCCAGCCCCGUUACAAACAGUAACAUCUAGCGUUAGAUCGCAUGAUCCUCCGCCGGAAACACUUCCACCUCCCGAAUUACCGGAAACACCGCCACACGCAUCACAAGUCACAGUUCCGCACACAGGGGACCUCAGCAUUUUUGCACCUGUCUUAUUAGCACCAUCUGUACCUCCAGGAUCACCUAGUACGCCUAGUAUGUCGGUGCUAUCGAUCGCUUCGUCGAGUAGUAGCCCUCAACAGGGAUCUCCCGGACAAUUUCCUACUACGCAACAUCAAAUUACUCACUUUGCUUUUAAUUCCGGCACUAUAAAUAUGGUGAGUGCUUUAACGAGUUUAUCGUCAAGUGGAAGUCCUAGUGGAAUAUCAACGUCGCCGUCUCCUGGAAACAUAUUUCCUAAUCAACUUCCACCACCUCUACCGCCAAGAACCAGCAGAAGACGAGAAAGCUCUCUUAGCGAAUCAUCGCAACAAGCAAGACAAGCGCCAAACGCACCAAUUCUUCCACCGAGAGAUGAUAUAUCCCCACCGCCAUUACCACCGCGAAUACCGCCCGCAUCGCUACCGCCGCGACUUCCACCGACGCUAAACGCUAGCAAUUCGGCGUUAUUGGCACGUCGAAAUUCCACAUUAGAGAGCACAUGCUCUACCAUUGUUCAUCCACGGAGACAUAUGUCUUUCAAUGGUCCUAGCCCCACAAAACUUACACCGACGCAGCCUAACGGAUCAGUAACACCGAGGUUACCACCAAAACCGAGUUUACCAGAACGUCCACCAUCUACCAUGUUUAAUUUCAACGCCCCUCCCGGACCUAGUUAAGUGAUACUUUGUCUCUUUCUUCCUACAAUUUUCUUUUUUUAUCUUGUCGGAAAAGAAUAUUUUUAAUCGAGGCUUAAUCCACUCAGUAAGUUAAAUAAAACUAAAAUCUCUCUUUUUUGUCGUAUAAGUUGAAAAAGAGAAGCUCUACUAAUACAGAUUGAUAGGCUAGAUAGAAUAUUUAUCUUUGACUAUAGAAGUAUGUAUUAUCGGUACUUUUUCCAUUCACAAUAUUAUUGUGAAAUAUAUCAUCUUUUAUAUUUCUCGAUAUUUUAGGCUUCAUCAACUAAAAACUAGCAAAUUUAAAUAUUUUAAAUUAUGCUUCGUUAUAAAAUAAAUUUAUAAAAUAAAUUUAUUUUGUGUAUACACGAUAAAAUUGUGUAAAUAAUAUUUUUCAAUUUUGUUCAUUUUCAUUAGUGUGGAAAAAGAUUUAUCAAUCUUUUAAGAGAUAGAAUAAGACUCAGAGAUUCACCGUCCACAGAGAUAGCUGUUUUCACAUCAGAAUUUUAUGUUUGAAUAUGUUGAAAAUAUCCGAAAACUGAUAUCAUUUUAAUUCUUGCAUUUCUCAUUUGAUCAAUAGUGGCAUGACAUCUUUGCUACAACCAGUGUGCAAAUUCAUAUUUUAUGAAUAACAGAAAUUUACUUUUAUUCCCUUAAUUAUAUCUUAUAUAAGUAUUUCUAUUUAUCUAGCUAUUGGUUAUGUAAGAUAAUUCUGCUAAAAACAAUUAUGCUGUGGCUAAUUUGAUUGAGCACGACUGAUUGUGUCUGUAGCUUAUAAAUGUUAUUUACAAGAUUGAAAUGUGACUACAAUUCCAAAAAAUCCUAAAUUAGAUAGGCAAGAUUCUCCUAUUUUAAAUCAUUUAUCUGCAUUCCUAUUUUAUAAUUUUCUCAUGAUAAUGUUGCUAUCAUAUAUAAUGACAUUGUUGUAUAAAAGUUAUGAUAUAUAGAUAUAGAUGUAAAAUGGUAGUUUUAUUUUACAUGGUAUUAGAUGUAUAUGACACAAAACGAUAUUAUUCGCGAGAAAUAAAAAUAUAACAUAUGGAUAUAAUAACAUAAUAAUAAUUACACGAAAACAAAGCACGACGAUAGUACAAAGAACAGAUAAUGAAUCUAAAUGAAAAUAAUUUAUUUCUCAACAAUUUUUUAUUUUUUGCUAUGUUCUUUUAUUUAUAUCACAUCAAAUUUUAUUUUUAUUUCCAAAAAAAUAUUGAAUUUAGAGGACAAUAUUGCCUAUCUAUUAUGCAGGACUAUUCACUUUAGAUUCAUAAACAACAUAUUUCCAGCCAUAUUUUAUUAUUAUGAUAUUAAUUAUAAUGAGAAUAUUCAGUCAAUUAAUACUUCUAUAGUUAAAGAUAUUCAUGAAUUUAUAGCAGUACUUCUUAAUAAAUAUAGUAGAACUCCGAUAACUUUGGGAAUAUAGAGUUUAGAACAUGUAUUAUAAGGACUAUGCUAAUUUGAGCAGUGUAGCAGAAGAAUCCUCAAUAUUUAUCUAUAUAUUAUUGAACUGUACAUAUAUGAUUAUGUAACAUACCGAAGCAAGUUUUCAAAUAAUGCGGGAAAACUCGGAUUCGAUUCUCGAUUCAGCUAUUCACAUCUCACAUAUUUUUCUAAUCUGCAAAUAUUGUUUUUUAGUGAUUAUUUGUUGGAUAGAAAAAUAUGCUCUAGACUAAAUAUGCAAAUGCUCUGCACAGAUCUCUGCCAGCUAAAUUAUUGUUACAAUUGUGUCUGGACUUGUGCCAUUCUCCAUUACAAAUACUCCUGUUCAUUACUUCUAACCAAAUAGCUUUAUAGUUCCAAGAUAUCUGUGUUUGUUGCAAUCAUUCCUGAUUGACCAACGCUGGUUUUUUUUCCAAAAUGAAUUUGAGUUUAUAAAAUGUGGAAGGAAAGUAAAUAUUUUGCAUCACUAUUCUUUUUGCUGAUGAUUAAAGUUUGUUAUAUAGAAGUCUUAUUCUCGUGUGUUAUCUGCUAUUUGAAGAUCUAUUUUUAUCUAUUUGAAAUUGUUUAUGCAUUUGCAUAAGAUGUUCAUAUAAGAUUAUAUAUGUUUAUGAUUUAAAGAAAUAAGUGUAACAUUAUGCACAACAUAAUGCGGUCAACAUAAUGGUUAUAAUAUUAUUGGCUAACUAAUCAGAAAUCACUUGUAAAGUUCCUACAAGAAAUUUUCAGAUUGAUGCAAUCAUAUUUGAAAUCACUUCGAUUAAUUACAGUACUUUGAACUAUCACAUAUUCAUAGAAAUGUUACACCUAUCUUAUUAUAUCAUAUAUGUAUCGUCAUAUAGGUCACUAUUAUGAUAUGGAGAUUAUACAUUAGAAAACACGAUAUCAGUGUCAACAUAUCUGGAGGAGAAUCAAAGUUAUCGGAGUUAAACUAAAAUUCUACUACUAAAUUGUCAAAUGUAAAUAUAUCAAAAAUAUAUCAAUCCUUUGUGCUUCAAGUGGCGAUCUAGUUAGUAUAAUUGGCGAUAAAAAAAAUUAAUAGAAAUUAAUUAAUUAAUAAUAAAAAUUACUUUUAAUAAAUAAAUUAAUUAAAAAUAAAAAUAACUUAUAUUCCAAUAAAAUUACAUAACGAAAGACACGCAAUUGUUAACAAAUAAAUUGUUUUUAUUUAAAUUAUCUGUUUUUUAUACAUUUGUCGUAAUUUAUUUUUAUUCAGUUAUAAUUAUGUUACAAUUUUGCAACUACCAUGCUAUCUACUUCUGACUUUUAAUUGCCCGUGAAAUUUCAAAGUUAUGAUUUUUACUUUAGAGCCCUAUCAAUUUUUCUUUACUUAUAAUUAUACUAUUACAAUAUGUGCUGUGUUUUUAUUAAUCGCAAAUAAUACCAUUUAAUCAUGUAUAUAAAUAUAUAUAGGUGUUCCACCAAAAGUGAUCACCCCUUUUUAUCUUUUAAACUAAAACAGAUAGACUGUAACAAAUAUAUAUCAAAUUAAAUGGUUCAAAUUGAACUUUAUUGUGAACAUAAUGGUUACUUUCAAAAGUUAUUUGUAUUAACGAAGAGAUAUGCAUAAUUUUAUUAUAAUAAUGUGAAUUUUUUGACAUAAAAAAAAAAUUGUAGCGCUGUUUGAAACGAAUACAAUGAUAUAUGAUAUAAUGUAAAUAUUUUGCAUAUUAUACGAGUUUUAUCAACUUGAUUUUAAUUAUUGCGGGCGAUGUCUACCUUUUCAUUUUCGGUCCUGUGAUAUGGCCAACUUCUGUAUAUAUUGAGUAUCAUGAUCAAAUGACAUAUGUCAACAUGACAUAUGUCAACUUCUAAUACAUGAAUCAGAAAUUGGUCAUAACGCAGGGCAGAAAGUGAAAAAGUAGAUGUCGCGGUAUUUCAAGUCGUAAAACUUGUAUAAUAUGCAAAAUAUUUAUAUUACAUAAUAUAUCAGUUAAUUGUUUACAUUAACUUACAUUUCACGAAUCAUUUUUAUUUUUACAUACAGAAUAGGUCAUUUUAAUGCAUCCACUGAAAUAUCUUAAAAUCUAAGUUUAAAACAAUAAUAUAAGUUUAAAACAAAAAUGUUUUAGACAAAAGUUGUAUAUUCGAGGGGGCUAUAAGAUGAUAUCAUUGGUUUGACCUUGAAGAGUUAUUUGAAGGUCAUUCACAUUUAAUUUUUUAAAUGAAAUACUAUAUUUUUUUACUGCAUAUUCUUGUAGCCCAUCUUGAUAGCUUUCCAAAACACUAUGAUAAAGUAUUUUUUUUUUUAGUAUUUUCCGAGGUAUAAGACUUCAAAGUUGCAAUAUUUUUACAUAAAAUACAAAAUAUCUUAUAUGUUGUCAUGUUAUGAGAUCAAGGUGAUCCUUAGAGAUCAUUUCAAAGUCAAAUCAACUUUUUACCUACAUGUCUGUAGUUAUGCAUGUUUCAAAAAAUUCGGAUCAUUUACUUUUAUCCAGGAACAACGACAUGGACGUAGUAGAAUUCUGUUCCCUUUAGGGUGCUUGACAUGAGUCCCCUUGCUUAUCACGAGUUGUCAUUCUUACAACAAAAACGUUUCCAUUUUCUUGAAUGCAUAAUUGUAUCCUUCGAUGAAAAUGAUCGACAGUUUUCAAUGAUACAGCGCGUGGUUUCUGCAAGCAGUUGUAAUUCUUUCCAUCAUGUCUUCUUUAGUGGUUGGUGCUCGUUCGUAUGCAACGUUUUUCAAAUUACCCCAUAAAUAAAAGUCAGGAGAUCGUGCCGGCCAUGCAACAGGUCCUCCUCGUCCAAUCCACUUGCCAUUGAAGCGCCUAUUUAGGUAAGCUUUGACAUGUCUGGAAUAGUGAUGCAGUUCCAUCUAAUUGAAUCCACAUUCUUAGUUUUGCAUACAAAUCAACUUCAUCGAGUAAUACUGAAAAGUCAUCCCUUAGGAAAGCUAAGAAGUUCUCUUCGUUUACAUUUUCAUCAAAAAAAUAUGGACCAUUGAUGAUACCAUACCACAUAUAUGCUCCAACGAUGUUGGUUGUCUAUUUAUCUAUGCCAAUGAGAAUUAGUAUCUAACCAAUAAUGACAAUUGUGUCUGUUAAGCUGUCUAUUAUUCUUAAAUGCAGUUUCAUCCGAAAACAUAACAUAACGAAAGAAAGCUGGAUCAUUUUUAAUCAUUUGUUGUGCUCAUUGGCAAAACUGCAUACGCAUCAUAUCAUUUGGUGUGAUGGCUUGCGUUACUGUGAUACGAUAGGUGUGAUACUCAGUUUUUCAAGAUUCUUAGGACAGUACGCCUAGGUAUAUUUGUUACCCUUUCAAUCUGAUAGCUAAUGUGAGGAUUCAUGUGAACCGUUGCCAAAACGACUAGCACACGUACAUCAUUCUCGUCAUAGUUAUGGUUUCGUCUUACACGUACUAAAUGACCUUGUUGAGCUCUUAAAUAAAUUUUUCGAAUAGCAACAUAAUUCGGAUGUCAUCUCUCUGGAUAUUGAGCUCGAUAAAGAGCAGUAUCUUGACGAUAAUUUCUAUAACAUUCGCCAAAAAAAAGCAGUAUAUCAACUCUUUUUAUCGAUAGUCAGCUAUUUGAUUUGAGAAAAAAUUUUGAAUUAAUUAACAAAUCGAUGAAAAACUACAACAAACCGAAGAAAUUGUUCUACGUAUAAAAAUUUAAUAUUGAAUCAGCUACCAAGGGAAAUUUUCACAAUUUAGAAUCGAUCAACAACUUGGAUAGAAGUACCGUGAUUUUCUUUUUUAAACAUGCAUAACUACAGACAUGUGAGUGAAAAGUUGAUUUGACCUUGGAAUGAUCUCUAAGAGUCAACUUGACCUCAUAAUAUGACAACAUAUAAGAUAUUUUGUAUUUUAUGUAAAAAUAUUGCAAAUUUGAAGUUUUAUAACUCGGAAAGUAUUUAAAAAAAAAAAAAAAAAAAACACUUUAUAGUAUUUUGAAAAGCUCUCAAGAUGGGCUACAAGAAUAUGCAAUAAAAGAUAUAAUAUUCCAUUUAAAAAAUUAAAUGUGACCUUCAAAUGAUUUUUCAAAGUCAAACUAAUGGUAUCUUAUGAUCCUCUCGAAACCAUACAACUUUUGUCUAAAAAAUUUUUGUCAAACUUAUAAAUUUUAAGAUAUUUCAGUGAAUAUAUUAAAAUGGCCUACCCUGUAUAUUAUAGAAGGCACAUUCUUAAUAGAGUUUUAUAUUAUAAUAUAGGACUUUAAUUCUUAAGUAACAUACACUUUCAAUUUUGUGACGCUCUCUUCUGAUUUCAGAGAUAUGCGAUUUUGAAGUAUCAAUUUUUGUAUUUAUUUCUAUGAUCUUUUUCACUAUAUUUUACUUACAUGUUUUUUUGUUUACAUUUACGUCACUGUCAGUAUAUUUUUGCUAAAAAUUUCUUAUUGUUUACAUUUAGAGUUGUUUUUAUGUUUACGCUUCAGAAUCGUCUACUUUACUCACAAUUGCUACUCCACGCAAAGCGAGAUUCAAUGCAAACCUAUGUGUCUAGUUUUUUGAUAAUGGAACUCCCCGCAGAAGGGGCGGAACAUACUGCCUCCACGCAUAUACUUUUUAAUGCGAAGUAAGGUUCCACAUUGCUUUACAAUUUUCCACUUUAUAUUUACGCAUUAAAAAGUAUAGUAUGCGUGGAGACAAUAUGUUCAGCCCACUUCCUGCGGAAGGACACCAUUAUCAAAUAAUUAGACACAUAGAUUUGCGUUGAACCUUGCUUCGCGUGGAAAGUAGAAAAAUCCAAGGAGCUUCGUCUCUGAAAAUGUAAACAAACUCUUUUUCCAUGUCUGCUUUACACAAAUACGACAUAAACAAAUUUUAUUUUUCCUUAUUUUAUAACAGAUAAAGCAUUAAAACUGUGAAACUUUAAAAUUGCAUAUCUCUGGAACUAGAGGAAAGCGCCAAAAAAUUCAAAGUGCGUGUUACUUAGGAAUGUGCUCUCUAUUUUAUAUAUAUAUAUAUAUAUAUAUAUAUAUAUAUAUAUAUAUAUAAAUGAAAACGAUUUGUAAGAUGUAAAUUAAUGUAAACAUUUAUCAUAUAUCAUUAUAUUUGUUUCAAACAACUACAAACGCUACAACUUUUUUUAUGUUUAAGAAUUCACAUUAUUAUAAAAAAAAUUAUGCAUAUCUCUUCAUUCGUUAACACGGAUAAUUUUUCGAAGCAACCUAUGUUAACAAUAAAGUUUAGUUUGAACCACUUAAUUUGAUAUAUAUUUGUUAUGGUUUAUCUCUUUUAGCUUAAAAGAUAAAAGGGGAUGACCACUUUUGGUGGAAUACUCUGUGUGUGUGCGUGUGUAUAUAUAUAUAUAUAUAUAUAUAUAUAUAUAUAUAUAUAUAUAUACAGGGUGUCCCAGAGUACCUGUAACAAUGCUCGUGAGCGGGUAGAGCACAGUGAAUUGAACAGAAAAAUCCUUUACCAUUUUUCAAUCUGAGCUUUCUUUUCGUUGUUAUACGAUGUUAAAGUAGGCUAAUCAGCGCCUGUUUACAACGAAAAACAAAGGAGGGACGUCCGGAGUUGGAGUAACGAGACGGCUUUUUGCUGUAUAGACAGGAGCUGAUUAGCUAUGUUUAAUAUCGUAUAACAACGAAAAGAAAGCUCAAAUCAAAAAAUGAUAAGGGAAUUUUCUGUUUAGUUUACUGUGCUCUACUCACUCACGAACGUUGUCACAGGUGCUCUGGAACAUCCUGUAUAUAUAUAUAAAAUACCAUAUAAUAUAAAAUUAUUAUUUUUUUUAAGUAUUAAUAUCUCUUAUUUUUUGGUAUACAUACUAUAAAAACCUUUUGGUAUAUAUACUAUAAUAAAUCCGGUAAAAUAUAAUUUUAAUUAAAAUAUAUUUUAAUUUUAGUGUACUUUCUACUCUACAAAUUUUCAAAAUUGUGUACGAGAAAAACGAUUGAUACAGCGGUACAAAUACAUCAGUUUAAAAUAAUAGAAAUAUAUAAUAUAUUUUUUAUAUAUAUGUAUAUAUACAGGGUAUCCGAAGUCGGUCACACUACCCGUGUGCAGGUAGAGCAAAUAAAACUGAGAAGAAAAGUCUUGUAUCAUUUUUUUCUAUAACGCAUAAUAAAGGAGUUAUUAUUAAGUGAAUUCUGAUCAAUCAGAGCCGAUCUUUGCGCCGGGUGCAUGUCGAUGAACCACGCGCUUGGUAAUGGUGCGCCGCCGUAGCGGCGGAGCGCUCUCGCAUACUCUUAGGCGCGUGGCUCACCGAUAUGCGCCCGGCUAAAGAUCAGCGAUGAUAGGCCAGAUUUCACUCAAUAAUAAUUUUUUUAUUAAGCGUUAUAGAAAAAAAUGGUACUGGACUUUUUUUCUCAGUUUUAUCUGUUGAUUAUCGGGUGACGACCAAUUCCGGACACAUUGUAUAUAUAUUUUCUCCUUUUUGAUUAGAUGCAGAUAAGAAUAUUUAGAAUAUGUAUAUAUAUAUAUAUAUAAAAUUAAUAAUUACAUAUAAUUAAAAUAAUUUGCACAAUAGUAUGCGGAAUAAACAUUGCGCGAAAAUGUAUGAAGUGCAAAGGAUUAAACGAUUUGAUAUAUUUUGAGAAUUUGUUUAUUCUCAAGUUUAUUAUUUGUUAUAGCUAACGGUUUAUGUUUACUGUGUAUUUCAUAAUCUUACUGAAUGGACUUAGCUCAAAUUUCGAUUACUUGAAUGGCUUCUUUCCUUUCUUUAAAUCUUUUUUCCCUCAAACACAACUGUGAUAUAGUUUGAACAUAAAAAAAAAUAUUUUAAUGUAAUUGUAGACGUUUAAAUAUUAAAGUAACUGACGUAAGAAAGUGAUGUGUAUCGAAAUAAAUAUACAAAUAAUUAUACAUAAAUGGAAUCAAUAUCAAGAAAGGAGUGUGUACACACACACACACAUACACACACACACACACACACGCACGCACGCACACACGCGCACGCAUAAACCCCCACAUACACACACACACACGCAUAUAUAUAAAUAUAUAUACUUGUAUAUUAUAAAUAUAUUCUACAUAAUAGCGAUUGUAAUAAUUUCUAGGAAAAAAAUAUGGCAUUAUAAUAAAAUAAAAAAAUAUAUUGUGUUAGA